AACCAGAUGCUUCACUAAUCACUCGACUGACUGCCCAGGAGGAUGGUCCAAGAUUAGUAACCCACAAAUCUUUACUUUUGGGUCCAUCAGAGCCCGGGGAGAACGAAAUUAACUAGUCGAAAUCCAAUAUUGUUUCGAAUCUGGGUCAUAAUCAUGAUUCAAAGCACUCAAAUCAGUGCUUUCUUGAUCAUUUUCUUGACAACCCAUCUGGGUUUUUCACUCCAUCUUGCCACAGCUGCACACUACAAUGUGGGUGAUCAAGUCCCAAUCUUUGUUAACAAAAUUGGCCCUCUUCACAAUCCAAGUGAAACUUACCAAUACUAUGACUUGCCAUUCUGCCGGCCAGCUCGUGUGGUCCAGGAGAAGGAGUCUCUUGGGGAAAUAUUAAAUGCUGACCGUUUGGCCAAUGCUUUGUAUGAACUUAAAUUCCGGGAAUAUAAAUUCGGUCAUGUACUGUGUGAGAAGAAGCUUAGUGAAGAUGAUGUCAGAAAGUUUAGAAACGCUGUUAGUAAUGAUUUUUACUUCCACAUGUAUUAUGAUGAUCUUCCAUUGUGGGGAUUUAUUGGGAGAGUUGAAGAUAAUAGUUGGAACAAUGAUAAAAAUGGGCCCAAGUAUUAUCUAUUUAAACAUAUUCAGUUUGAUGCACUCUACAAUAAUGAUCAAGUGAUUGAAAUUCGAGCUUUUAGUGACCCAGCUCAUAUAGUUGAUAUAACAAACAGUGCUGAAACCACUGUUCAGUUCACAUAUUCUGUUUCCUGGAAUGAAACCUUCAUUCCCUUUAAGAACAGAAUGGACAAAUAUUCUAGGGCUUCACUACUCCCAGCACCGAAGCAAAUACAUUGGUUCUCGUUUAUUAAUUCAAUUGUCAUCAUUGUGCUUCUGAUGGGACUUUUGGUAAUGAUGUUUAUGCGACAUCUCAAGAAUGAUCUGAAAAGGUAUUCAGGUGGAGAUGAAGAAGAAGACAAGGAAGUUGGUUGGAAAUACAUACAUGGAGAUGUGUUCAGACCCCCUUCUGAAUUGCACCUGUUUUUUGCUAUACUGGGUUCUGGUACUCAGUUCCUGACAGUAUUGGUCUUCUUAUUCAUUAUGGCAUCUAUGGGCAUCCUUUAUCCUUACAACCUGGGAUCUCUCUCUACUUCUGUUGUGGUAAUAUACUCUCUAACAUGUACUGUUGCCGGAUACAGCACUGCUUCUUUCCACUGCCAAUUUUCUAAAAGCGGAUGGGAAAAAAGUGUUCUUGUAACUGGGAUUCUGUAUGUUGGGCCAUUGUUUAUUACAGUGUUUAUCCUAAAUAUAGUUGCCAUAUCAUAUGGGGCUACUGCUGCUCUUCCACUAGGUACCAUAGUCGUGAUCUUGCUUAUAUAUGCACUUGUUGCCAUGCCAUUGCUUGCCUUGGGGGGGAUCAUAGGAUGCCGACUUAGUUCAGAAUUCCAAGCACCUUCUGUUACAAAGAAAGUUGCAAGGGAGAUUCCAUCAUUAGCUUGGUACAUGAAAACACCUGGUCAAAUGUUUAUUGGGGGCCUUUUACCUUUCAGUGCGAUUGUCCUUGAACUGCACCACUUGUAUGCAAGCAUGUGGGGCUAUAAGAUCUUCACACUUUCAGGCAUUCUCUUCAUUACAUUUAUUAUCCUCGUUGUACUUACUGCAAUGCUGAGUGUUGGGAUGACAUACAUUCAGCUGAGUCUGGAAGACCAUGAAUGGUGGUGGAGAUCUAUACUGCGUGGAGGUUCAACUGCCAUCUUUAUGUUUGGAUAUAGCAUCUACUAUUAUGCAAAGUCCAAUAUGAUGGGUUCAAUGCAGCUACUCUUCUUCUUUGGUUAUAAUGCUUGCUUGUGCUACGCGUUCUUUCUGAUGCUGAGCACAAUAAGUUUUUAUGUUUCUUGGAUAUUUGUCCGCCACAUUUACCAUGCCAUCAAAAGCGAAUGAGAUCUCCUCAUUUUCAGGCUCAUGGAAGUUGACUACGAUGGGGGAUUUGUAAUCUACCUUUAGAGAGACGUCACUACAGAAGAGGGACAUUCGCUAACAUUGUAGAAACUUGUUACUAGAUUAAGAAUUUGUUGUAAAUCACAGAAGCAGUCUUGUAACAUUUGCACACUGAAUUUGUAGAGAAUGUUUAUGUUUCUCUUCUUUUCUGUACUUGCUUUAGGCCUAUACUGGUAAAUGGUAAUCUUUUUCUUUUUUUUUCA